CUCGUGCAUUCACCCGCAAAAGUUAUCUCAGAGUGAUGAGGUCUGAUCACAGGAGUAGGCUCUGUCAUGGUCCUCGAAACAUUCCCCCCAUCGAAACUCUGAUAAGCCGCCCUCCCGCCAGCGUUGGGCACUUCAAUCAUACCCUCUUGAUUGGCUGCGCAGUAUCCCUUGCAGGAACCCCUCCAAACAAGUGGGUCUUGACGAACGAUAAUAUUCCCACUCCGCAAUCUAGCGACCGUGCUUACUAUCGUACCUCCAUGAAAUCAACAGUCGCAUGGCAGUCCGCCUCUCCUCCUGCCCCUCAUUCGAUUCCUCGUCGCACUUCGCCGCCCCUCGUCACUCCUACCUGCGGUGCGCUUGAUCACACUGCUCCCAAACGAGCGGUAGUACAUGAACCAGGCAAUCGAGUGAGAUCCUCGAUAUUGUCCAAGCCUCAUGCCUACAUAAUGGAAUAUCUUAGGUCGCUUAUAGGUCUUGCGAGACGUUUUCGAACAGUCAAGCGCGUGACAGAGUUGGCAUUUGGACAAAUUUAGUUGAGUACAUAUGGCUUCAAAGUGUAAUGACAUGCUGCUUCACAGGGAAAGCCUUCGAUCAACAGCUCCCGACCUCGUACGCAUCCCAAAGGAAGUUUGGGGCGAUGCAUUCGUCGUCCUCUCCAUUGUCAUAAGCUUCUUCAAGUUCGUAUCAAUUCAUACAAUCAUCGAACGAGCCGCAUAAAUACAGAACGUAAUUCCUCAAGUUGUGAAUCUCUAAGCUCCGUGAUUCUCUGGAGUCAAUGCGCAUU